AUGGCGCUCUACAACCAAACCGUGGAUUUCCUCUCCGAAUCAUUUUCCAAGCACGAAAGUCAACUUUCUCUACUUGCAGUAGCCGGGGCUUCCUUUACCCUCGGUCUACUCAGUAGAUCACUCUUAGCUCGAAAUGAAACACUGCAAACUGUUCUAGCGUCCCCGCGAUCGACCGUCUUGCCGGGAAUAUCGGAGUCGGAGAAUCGCCAGCUUCCUCUCCCAACUGACGUCCUUCCCGGUGCACGCGAUGUCGCCAGUCCGUAUGGCUCUAUCCGGGUUUAUGAAUGGGGCCCGGAAGAUGGACCAAAGGUCUUGUUAGUGCAUGGUAUCACCACGCCAUGUAUUGCGCUUGGCGGGCUAGCCCAUGCACUUGUGGACCGUGGCUGCCGGGUGAUGCUUUUCGAUUUGUAUGUAUCUCAAUAUCUCGUGGUCCUUGAACUGUACCUAACCUUGAAAAACAAUAGAUUUGGAAGAGGAUACUCCGACUGCCCUGCUGAUCUUCCACAAGACAGCCGACUCUUCUCGACACAGAUAUUACUCACUCUAGCCUCAUCGCCUAUCUCCUGGACAGGUGUAGAGUCAGGCAAGUUCUCUCUUGUGGGGUACUCUCUGGGAGGCGGUAUUGCUGCCGCGUUCGCAUCCUACUUUCCUCAACUUCUGUCAUCAUUGGUCCUUUUAGCCCCUGCGGGAUUGAUUCGCGACUCACAAAUCAGCUUCCAGAGUCGACUUCUUUACUCAAAGGGCCUCAUGCCCGAGAACGUCUUGGGGUACUUGGUUGGUCGCCGGCUGCGAGCGGGUCCUUUAACCACACCCAAGCCCAAGAACCACAAGCUCAAUGCCGCAGAUGCACUCACUGAGGAGCUUUCUUCCCAGAAUGCUGGCCAAACCCAAAUUCUGUCUCGAGAAUAUCCUCACAUCAACGUUCCUUCGGCGGUGGCAUGGCAGGUGAACGCUCACGCAGGAUUCGUCCAUGCAUUCAUGUCAAGCAUGCGAUAUGGACCAAUCUUGCAAGAACGUCAAUGGAGUACAUGGACGCGUCUUGGCGAAUAUCUUACUGCGCAAAACAGUGUAUCUUCUAGCACGGAUAAGAGACCGUCGGACCACAAAGUCCAUAUUUUGUGUGGUAAUAAUGAUGCAAUUAUUAUCAAGAGCGAGCUUGUUCCAGACGCUACAGCCGCGCUCGGAGGAAAUGCCGUUUUCAAGUUCUACGAGGCAGGCCAUGAAUUCCCUAGUACUAAGUAUGAGGAGGUGGCAUCUUAUAUCUUCGAGUUGCUUUGA